GUUAUUAGUCAAGUUUAGUUAAUCAACACAAUUUUUUUGGCAGGGUUGAACCUCGCCGUGGUGGGUUCUCGGCGUCGGCAUCCCCGGUCCCCGGCUGGCCGGCUCCAAACUGCUCUCGCCGCCUCCCAUCUGCUCGUGCCGCAUCACCCCGAUCUAGUACGAGCAGCUCGCUGCCUCGGACUUGCCGGCUCAUUGUUCCGGGCCAGCUGCUCUGCUAUGCUCUGUUCGUUCGUUCAUUGCUCGGUUCAUGGGAGGACCAACCGCCAUGUGAUUGUUGGUCGGUGUCGCCGGCUGGCUUGCCCACCGCCCGGUGGUUGCUGCUCUACUGCUCUAGCAUUCAUUCCACUGAAUACAAAUGUUUGGGACAACAGAUGAGCGGAUGCACACGAGCUGUUCGACGAAAUGCUCGCUAGCGCUUCCUAAUCUCACCAGCUGCUCCUCUGUUUCUUGGUUUAAACGAAAUUCGCUGCAAUUUCAAGCCUUGACCGGUCUCGCCGGCUUGCUUGCCCUUGCUUACCCUUGCUGAGCCUGACUGUAUAAGCCCCUUCUAGCAUAUUACGUCCAUCGUUUUCUUAUGACUAACUUUGAUGCCUCCUUGAUUGCUUCGGUGACUCGUGAGACACAGGGAGAGCAGGAACGGAAAUGGUUGGAUGCUAGCAUUCCGUUGAAUAUUUGCUUGAGACAACAACAACUCAGUGGAUGCAUACGAGCUGUUCGACGAAAUGCUCAGGAGACAAGCCAAGUUGGCACUUGCUAUAUAAUGAUUCUACACCUAACUGAGGCCUUGUCAGUGCAAGUAGAUGAGGACAGCCAUACUAUAUUAUGGAUCAAUAAACUAAACAGACUGAACGACUUCAAGUGCAUCAAUGAUUGUCCUUUCCUGGCUAAUUUCAUACUAAUGGAAUCCGAUGCAAAUACUGUAAGAAAUUGAUCAGGUGAACGAUUCUGCAUUUGACGUUCUGAUGAGCAACCAUCCAACAAGAGCUGUUUGAUCUCACCUAAGCAACAGAUCCCCCUUCUACCACUUCCCAGCUGGAGCAGGGCCGCCGCUACUUGUCUACACCAUGGCCGGUUCUUCUUUCUUACCCUGAAUUUCAUAUACUACAUCGUCCUGGGCUCCUGGCUUGCAAGAAUCCUUUCGUUGUUCAUCUCAGCAAGAGACCACCACUGCGCAGCUGCCUUUUCCUCGGCUCCUUCUCACAUCUGUCAUUACAAUCUUAUUAAGUUGAAGUCUCUGGCGUAUGGUUCCUGUAGCUGGUUGUCAUAAGGAGAAAGAGCUUCGAACUUGCAGAUCUGGAAUCUCAGUAAAAUCAAGGAAAGGAUAGAUACUGAAAGGGUCUUCACCUUGCAAGUUGGAAGGUGGAAAGGAAAAUGCAAAGUAACACAUGUUUGAUUGUGUGGCUAUGACAGGGACGGAUCGGUCCUAAGACAAGCUUGACAAGAGACAGACCGGCUAGUCUUCCCACCUUCCAUGUAAACGAAGCAGCCAUGAGGUGGGAGCAAGCAUCCAAGAAGCUAGUCUGUGCAACCAAGCAAGAUCUCAGCUAGGCUGGAGUCAAAGCCGCUCAUGUAUACUGUGAUGUCUCCACAAAUGAUCAUGGCUUCAACCAUAAAAUCAUAGGAAGUGCCGCCAUCACGUGCUCAGCUCCUUUUUUCAUCUGUCAAUGGAGGAGAAAGAGAAGAGCAUUGUUUGGACAAUGAUCCUGUGAUGAACGGAGGAGGGUAGAACUCACACAGCAUAAGGCCUGCGAAACAUCAAAGGAGGCACACUUGCAUCAAAGUCAGAAUCCACUGGUUUGGGCACCAUGGGCACAGUUUUGGAUGCUCUUACUUCGAAAUUUUUGACAAGGCUGAGUCAGCUUAUUGAAGAUGAGAUUGUGAUGACACUAAGCGUGAAAAAGGACAUCAAAAGGCUGAAGAAAAAUCUAGAACACUUCCGCGCAGUUCGUGAGGAUGCGGAAGCUCUGGCCAUGGAAGAUAGACAGAUAGAGGCAUGGUGGAAGAACAUGAGUGAUGUUAUGUUUGAUGUUGAUGUCAUCAUAGAUCUUGUUAUGGUUCAAUCACAGAAAUUUUUGCUACCAGCUAGAUCGCUCUGUUUCAAUCAGCCUAUGGUCUCUUGUUUUGAAAAGCUUUUAUUUGAUCACAAGGUGGCUAGAAGAAUUAAGGACAUAAAUGAAAAGCUUGAUGAGAUUAAAAUGAACACAGAGAUGUUCAGCUUGGAUAGAUCCAUUCGUCAACAGUUCCAGGUAACAACUGUGGACAGAAAUCAGACAUCUCCUAUAGAUGAACUAGAGGUUGUUGGAAGAGAAAUCAAACAAUCAGUUGAUGACAUAGUACAAAUGAUUGUCAGUGGCUGCCAUGAGAAUAGUACAAGUGUUCUGGGGAUUCAAGGAAUGGGAGGCAUUGGUAAGACAACGUUAGCUCAGAAGAUAUAUAAUGAUCAGAUGAUAAGAGAGAAAUUCCAAGUUCAUAUAUGGCUGUGCAUUUCGCAGAGCUACACAGAGACCGGGUUGAUAAAGCAGGCAAUACGAAUGGCUCGAGAAAAGUGUGAUCAAUUAGAGACCAAGACUGAGCUUCUACCACUUUUAAUGGACACUAUCAAAGGAAAGAGUGUUUUUCUUGUGCUGGAUGAUGUGUGGAAAUCUGAUGUCUGGAUUGAUCUUCUUCUAUCGCCUUUUAUGAGAGCCUUGAACUUCCAUAUCCUUGUCACCACAAGAGACCUGCAUGUUUUGUCAGAAAUGCAUGCAACACAUAUCCACCAAGUAAACAAAAUGAAUUACGGUGAUGGCUUAGAACUUCUUAUGAAGAAGUCCUUUCAAUCAUCCGAGCAAAUAUGUGAAUUCAAGAAUAUUGGGUAUGACAUUGUAAAGAAAUGUGAUGGUCUCCCUCUGGCCAUCAAGGUUGUUGCAGGUGUUCUAUCUACCAAAAGAACAGUUGCUGAAUGGAAGAGCAUCCGAGAUAGUAAAUGGUCCAUUCAUGGACUCCCCAAAGAACUUGGAGGUCCCCUGUAUUUAAGUUACAGCAACUUACCCCCUCAACUCAAGCAGUGUUUUCUCUGGUGUGCUUUGUUGCCUCCUAAUUUUGCUAUAGGCCGUGAUGAUGUUGCUUACUGGUGGGUUGCCGAAGGUUUUGUGAGGAAAGAGCAUGAUUACUCAAUACAUGAAAUUGCUGAAGAGUAUUACCUUGAACUAAUUAGGAGGAAUCUUCUGCAACCAAUACCUAUGUUUGUAGAUAAAGGUGAGUCAACGAUGCAUGAUUUAUUGAGGUCACUUGGGCAAUAUCUGACAAAGGAUCACUCCCUGUUCAUGAAUGCGGAAAGUAACAAUUCCAUGUCGAAUCUGCGCCGCUUAGGUAUCAGCCAUGCUAUAGAAGAAAUCCCCCCUCUAGAAGAGCACAAGUGCUUGAGAAGCCUCCUACUUUUUAAUAACAAGAACUUCAAGUCAAUUCGCAAGGAUAUUUUCAGAAAGCUUGAGCAUAUCCGUGUCUUGGUUCUCAGAGGGACAAGCAUCAAGGACAUACCAGACUCAGUGGGAAACUUGGUGUUGUUGAGGUUGCUAGAUCUGAGCUAUACGGAGAUUAACAAACUUCCGGAGUCCACGGGAAGGCUCAUCAGCCUUGAAUACCUUUCUUUGCUUGGUUGCCGUCAAUUGGAUAGCCUGCCAGCUGGUCUCAUGAGGCUGUCCAACAUAAGUUUUUUGCAGCUAGACUGGACUGCAAUUGAUCAUGUUCCAAAAGGAAUUGCAAAGUUUCAGCAGCUCUAUAGCCUAAAAGGAGUUUUCGAGAGUGGGACUGGAUUCAGAUUGGACGAAUUGCGACGCCUCCCCAAUAUCCAACGUCUGUGGGUCCAGCAGCUAGAGAAAGCAGCACCAGUGGGUGAACUUGUACUGAAGAACAGUCAUAAUCUUAGGGAACUGAGACUGGGUUGCACAAUGGGCAGUACCGGAGAGAGAACCCGUUACCAGACUGGUGUGGUUGAGAGAAUUCAGCAAGUCUUUGAUAUGCUUAUUCCUUCACCAAGCCUAGUAUAUAUUUAUAUUGAUGGGUUCCCGGGCAUAAGGUUCCCAGAAUGGCUAUGUUCGGAACCAGAGCUUAAUAUGCCAAGUUUGUGUCACAUGCACCUGAAUGAGUGUAUAUCAUGUUCAGUGCUUCCACCAGCAGGUCAGAUGCCAGAAUUGCUAGUUCUUCACAUUAAAGGUGCAGAUGAAGUUGUAACUAUUGGCACAGAACUCCUGGGGAAAGGUGUCAGAAGUGCAGCGGCUUUCUUCCCAAAACUUGAACUGCUUCGCCUCGUUAGCAUGGGUAAUUUGGAAAAAUGGUCACUGAACAUAAGAAAUAUGUGCGAUGACAUGGAGGACAACUCUCAACAGCUCUCUUUGAUGCCUUGCCUUAAGCGUCUGCUGCUUUUUGAUUGCCCCAAACUGAGAGCUCUGCCUCAAGACAUGUACAUGAUUGUUAAUUUGAAGAGAAUCCACAUUGAAGGUGCUCACAAGCUUCAAGAAGUUGUCGACCUUCCUGCAGUUGUGUGGCUCAAGGUGAUGAACAACACAUGUUUAAGGAGGAUUUCCAACCUUUGUAAGCUGCAGGACCUGUUUGCACAGGACUGCCCAAUGCUGGAUCACACAGAGAACCUGUGCUCGCUGAAACGUGUGUACAUGAUUGACUGCCUGCAUGCCCAAGUGUUCAGGAAUUGUCUAGCGGAAGAAGAACAAGGCAUCCUAGUCCAUGUUGCGACAGAUGGGCAUAAUAUCUUCCCGGAUGAAUCCCUCUAUAACUAGACAGGUCAGUGAAAUUAAUAGCCUUACGGUACAAGAGCGGGGCGUAAUGAAGACAUGAUGGUUAUCUGAAAAUACUAAAAGAUUUUGUGAAGCCUUGAAGCGCAAUGGAGCUCUUUGACCGGAGCAGGGCAAUGGAAGGUAUCUGUUUGUCAAAUGGUAGAUUGUAAUGUUGUUGUUUUUUCUACCUUUUUGGUUUUGGUGUGGUGAAUAUUUCACUUGGACUACCUACAGAGGAUAAAUAAGGUUGACAGCAAAAAUGGCAUGACAAACCUGAAGCUGAUUAUAGCCAACUGUCAUUGCUGCAUUUUUAUUACUAUAGCAAGUUGUGCUCCGAAGGACUAUUUCAUCGUUUUUUUAUAUUCUUUUGGUUCAUUGAUUUCUGGAUUGAUUGAGUAAUA